UAAAAAAAUGAGACAUAAAAAGCUGGAACGCAGGAAAAACUGAUGAAGGUACAAUUUCAGAAUUAACUCCUGCAAAAGGCCUACAGUUUUAAUACUAAAUUCCGGUUAUGUUUACUAUUAACACAUAGUUACUUUUUAAUAUACGUCCUGGCUUUCUAUAACCUCAAAACAAGACGUUUGAAGUUAAAAUGGACGAAAUAAAGGACGAAAUCGAGCUCAAAUCCGAGUUAGAGGAGAAAACUGUGGAAGAUGAAAUGAAAGAGGAGCAUGAAGAGGAAGAAGACGAGGAGGCUCUUCCACACUCAGAAUUUCUGGACAUCUUUGAGGAAGGACUGGCUCUCAUGGUGCAGGACCCGCUUCUGUGUGACCUGCCCAUUCAGGUGACACUGGAGGAGGUCAACUCUCAGGUGGCUCUGGAAUAUGGUCAGGCUAUGACUGUUCGGGUUUGUAAGGCGGAUGGAGAGGUCAUGCCUAUUGUGAUUGUGCAGUCUGCUACCGUUCUGGAUCUCAAGAAAGCCAUUCGCAGAUAUAUGGAGCUGAAGCAACAGCGAGAAGGAGGUGUCAAGCACGUCAGCUGGAAAUAUGUGUGGAGGACAUUUCAUCUAGUUUUCAAUGGGGACAAAUUAGAGGACGACAGAAGAAAACUGAAGGACUACGGGAUCAGGAACAGAGAUGAAGUGACAUUUUUGAAGAAAUUGAGAAAGAAAUGAACAACUGCCAUGUUUUUGGGCUAAAGUUGGAAAUAGCCAAGAAAUGUCAAGGACAAUUUCCAAAACACAGAGUGUUGCAGUUUUUUGUUUGUUUGUUUUGUCCCAAAAUGUUUUCUAAAAGGUCAGUUCACCCCAGACAGACACUUUAGUCAUCAUGUAACCUCAUGUCAUUCCAAAAUCAUUAGUUCUUUUAUUCACCUUUGGAGGACAAAUCAAGAUAUUAAUGAAAUUUAAUUGAAACUA